CAAUGCAUUUUCUUCUGUGGUUUUGAUUGAAUUACACGCACAAUACAGAGCAUUCUAUAGGAAAUCUGUAUAGCCGUACAGCAUAUUCCGUACUGGCUGCGCGACUUGUCCUAUCUCGACAAAACGUAAACCAAACGCGCGCGAAGUCACGACACGACCAAUUCAUUGAAUCAUCCGUAUAGCAUCAACAUGAGGCUAUUACAACUUUAGAGACAUUCUUUAUGCUUGACGUGGGACCUACAAUCCAAUUCUCCCGUUUUUCCCUCACCUUUCCUUUUCUUCCCUCAUGUCGUCUCAUAUCAUGAAGGGUACGCUCAGCGAUCCAGAUCAGCGUGGACGUACAUGGUUACAACUCGAUAAUGUCUGCAAGGUCCAGUUGAGCGCCACAGAAACUCGGAAAUAUAAGGAAUGGCGGGAAUCGAAUGCCCGUAGUUCUCAAAAUACGACCUCCACUAGACAAAGUUCCUUUGAGGAUCCCACAGAUAGCUUUUUCAAAACAUUGAACGUUUCUUCACCAACCUCCAUAGAUAGCUCUGCUAGCUCUGUGCCGCUGGCACAACGCAAGGUGUCAAGGAAAAUACGUCAGGCAAGGAUACAACUUUCUGAGGAUCAAUACGUUCUGGAUCGUGCCCCCGCGAGAUUGAGAGUCGGACAGCUGGAUGUAUCAGAUUCCUUUGGAUGGAGAUGGUAUCAAUGUUCAGAAGAUGUUCAGGUUCUCCUCCCUCCCGACGCAAGUGUCCAAUAUUCCACUUUUCUGCUGCUUGAAGAAGCUCAAUUCAAAUAUGCCACAUCCUGCAAAACGGUGAAAAAAUUCAACAAGGCCCGUAGCAAGUUCAAUGAGCUUUGUUCACAACUUAAAUCUCGACAUCCUGUCCGUGGCAUCACGUCCACUGCCCGCCGCUACGCCCUUCCUGUUGGAUUUCGAUGCCACAGUAUUGAUAGAUUGGUGGGGCGACCCCAGGAUGACUGCGAGCUCUUGACACCCGAAGAAAUACCAAAUACCACUGAACUGCUGUCUCAGCCUGAUACAUAUUGGAGACGCUGGUUGUACAUUGGAAGCGACAUACGAAUUUUGCUAACAGCAGACGUAGCCGGACAGCUCGCAUUCCUUCGUCGAAAUGGUGUUUCUCAUGCUACCCACCCUCUCAUGCGCCAGAUAUUUGCAGAUUUCCAGUGUCUGUCGUCUGAAAUCAUUACCGAACAGUUAUUACGCUGUCGUAAAACUCGAGAAAAACUGUAUAUGCUGUCCCCCGACUCUCGAUCCCAGACAUUGGAUGAAGCAGUUGCUCACAUUGAGGUGAACAUCUGCCGGUCCACAAGGAAACAAAUUAAACACACUACUCUCAAACCCCAAUGGCAUGCUGUCGUUUGCGAAUUAGGGGAGCACGUUGAUUUUCCGCCUUCAUCUCGGGGAAAUCACCUUAGAGACGAGCAAGAUGUAUUGGCUCAGCCGAAAUGGUCACCGGGUGUAGUCCGUCGUGUUGCUCGACGGCGACGGGGAGUCAGAAAUUUGAGAGCGCCGAACACGGAUAAGGAACUUCCUCCACUUCCUCCAGAGACCCUUGAUGAACAAUACGUUAUGGACAUACGGACUUCGAACGAUAGUCAAAAGGAAAAGCUUUGGAUACGUCGAAAAAUACUGACUUGAAGUUGUUGUAUCAUAAUCUAGAUGUAAUCGUUAGGAAAAUUGUUACUGUUGUACUUGAUAUAUGGUUUCCUAGUCUUUUCAGGUUGUUCCCUCUUCGUCUCACAGGACAAUUUGUAUUACUGACGUUGUCUUCAAGAGUCUUCUCGAGCUUUGUCGAGGUGGGGGGU